AUGUGCUUUUUAAGACGGCCGGGAGCGCCUGCGAGCUGGAUCUGGUGGAGGAUGCUGCGGCAGGUGCUUCGCAGAGGGCUCCAGUCGUUCUGCCACAGGCUGGGCUUGUGCGUGAGCCGGCACCCGGUCUUUUUCCUCACCGUGCCCGCAGUCCUGACCAUCACCUUCGGCCUCAGCGCGCUCAACCGCUUCCAGCCCGAGGGCGACCUGGAGCGCCUGGUCGCUCCCAGCCACAGCCUGGCCAAGAUCGAGCGCAGCCUGGCCAGCAGCCUUUUCCCCCUGGACCAGUCCAAAAGCCAGCUCUAUUCGGACUUACACACCCCUGGGAGGUAUGGCAGGGUGAUCCUCCUCUCCCCACCCGGGGACAAUAUUUUGCUCCAGGCUGAGGGGAUCCUGCAGACCCACCGAGCCGUGCUGGAAAUGAAGGAUGGGAGGAACAGUUUUAUUGGACACCAACUAGGCGGAGUAGUGGAAGUGCCAAACAGCAAGGACCAGCGGGUCAAGUCAGCCAGAGCCAUUCAAAUCACCUACUACCUCCAGACCUAUGGCUCUGCCACUCAAGACCUCAUAGGGGAGAAGUGGGAGAAUGAGUUCUGUAAGCUCAUGAGGAAGCUCCAGGAAGAGCACCAGGACCUCCAGCUCUACUCUUUAGCAUCCUUUAGCCUCUGGAGAGACUUUCAUAAGACCAGCAUCCUGGCCAGGAGCAAGGUCCUGGUGAGCCUUGUGCUGAUCCUGACCACAGCCACCCUCUCCAGCUCCAUGAAGGACUGUUUGCGCAGCAAGCCCUUCCUUGGCCUCCUGGGGGUGCUCACAGUGUGCAUCUCCAUCAUCACGGCAGCAGGGAUCUUCUUCAUCACUGAUGGAAAGUACAACUCCACCCUGCUGGGAAUCCCAUUCUUCGCCAUGGGUCAUGGAACUAAAGGAGUAUUUGAGCUUCUGUCUGGAUGGCGGAGAACAAGAGAGACUUUGCCCUUCAAAGACAGGGUGGCAGAUGCCUAUUCCGAUGUGAUGGUCACCUAUACCAUGACCAGCUCCUUGUACUUCAUUACCUUUGGCAUGGGUGCCAGCCCAUUCACAAACAUAGAGGCUGUGAAGGUCUUCUGUCAGAACAUGUGUGUCUCCAUUCUGUUGAACUACUUCUACAUUUUCUCAUUCUUUGGCUCCUGUCUGGUCUUCGCGGGCCAACUUGAGCAAAACCGCUACCACAGCAUCUUUUGCUGUAAGAUCCCCUCUGCAGAAUACCUGGACCGCAAACCUGUGUGGUUCCAGACAGUGAUGAGUGAUGGGCAUCAACAGACAUCCCAUCAUGAGACGAACCCCUACCAGCACCAUUUCAUUCAGCACUUCCUCCGUGAGCAUUACAAUGAAUGGAUUACCAAUAUCUACGUCAAGCCAUUUGUCGUCAUCCUCUAUCUCAUCUACGCCUCAUUCUCCUUCAUGGGGUGCUUGCAGAUCAGUGACAGAGCCAACAUCAUCCAUCUGCUAGCCAGUGACUCCCCAAGCAUUUCCUACGCCAUGGUUCAGCAAAAAUAUUUCAGCAACUACAGCCCAGUGAUAGGGUUCUACAUCUACGAGCCCCUGGAGUACUGGAACAGCAGCGUCCAAGAGGACAUACGGAGACUCUGUAGCGGGUUCACGGCCGUGUCCUGGGUGGAGCAGUAUUACCAGUUCCUGAAAGUUAGUAACAUCAGUGCCAAUAACAAGAGUGACUUUAUCAGUGUCCUACAAAGCUCAUUUUUAAAAAAGCCAGAAUUCCAGCAUUUUCGGAACGAUAUCAUCUUCUCCAAGGCAGGGGAUGAAAACAACAUUAUUGCUUCCCGCUUGUAUCUGGUGGCCAGGACUAGCAGAGACAAGCAGAAGGAAGUCAUAGAAGUGUUGGAAAAGUUGAGGCCCCUGUCCCUAUCAAAGAGCAUCCGAUUCAUUGUGUUCAACCCCUCCUUCGUGUUCAUGGAUCAUUACGGCUUGUCUGUCACGGUGCCUGUUCUGAUUGCAGGCUUUGGUGUGCUCCUGGUGUUAAUCCUGACUUUUUUCCUAGUGAUCCACCCUCUGGGAAACUUCUGGCUGAUUCUCAGUGUCACCUCAAUUGAGCUGGGCGUUCUGGGCUUAAUGACAUUAUGGAACGUCGACAUGGAUUGCAUUUCUAUCUUGUGCCUUAUCUACACUUUAAAUUUUGCCAUUGACCACUGUGCACCACUGCUUUACACAUUUGUAUUAGCAACUGAGCACACCCGAACACAAUGUAUAAAAAGCUCCCUACAAGAGCAUGGGACAGCCAUUUUGCAAAAUGUUACUUCUUUUCUUAUUGGGUUGGUCCCCCUCCUAUUUGUGCCUUCGAACCUGACCUUCACACUGUUCAAAUGCUUGCUGCUCACUGGGGGUUGCACACUUCUGCACUGUUUUGUUAUCUUACCUGUGUUCUUAACCUUUUUCCCCCCUUCCAAAAAGCACCACAAGAAAAAGAAACGCGCCAAACGAAAGGAGAGAGAGGAAAUUGAAUGCAUAGAGAUUCAAGAGAACCCUGAUCAUGUCACCACAGUCUGA